UAAUUACUUGCACUGUGUUAUGGAAGCAAUAGAGGAAAUGCCAAAAAAGCAACAUCGCAUCACCACCACUGCGUUUCCCAGCUGGGAUGAAGUCAUUUUAGGCAGCAGUUUGAAUUGUUACACCAAACCAACCAAUGAAGGUCUAAUACUCUAUUUAUACAUCUGGUCUGAAUCUAAAGCAUUUCCAUAUCAGAUAUAAAAGGUAGCACACACUUCAGGGAAAUUCCUAGCACUUCAAUACAUAAUCCUGAAGAUUUAGUUCAUAGAAGUGUAAAUCAAUAGUUAUUUUAGAUUAGGGUUCUUUAAAAAAAAAAAGAAAGAAAAAAUGUCAAAUGUUUUUAGACUCUUGACCAUUUUCUCAGGUAAAUCUCCCAUGUAGCUGCUCUUUAUAUACACAUGUAUAUGUAUACAAAUAUUAAUACAUAACAGUGCCUGGAGCUUCAUACUUCCACAUAAAUCAGUGUUAAACAGACUAACAUUAAUACGCCACAUAAUAUCAUGGCUGGUGUGCUAGAAAACUAUCAAGGGGAAGGUGUACAAGACUGGUGAGACCGGCCAUGCUGUAUGGUUUAGAGGCAGUGUCACUGAGGAAGAGACAGGAGGCAGAGCUGAAGAUGUUGAGGUUCUCCUUGGAAGAGACACGGUUGGACAGGAUUAGGAACGAGUACAUCAGAGGGACGGCUCAUGUUGGAUGUUUGGGGGGACAAAGUUAGGGAGGUCAGAUUAAGAUGGUUUGGACAUGUCCAGAGGAGGGAGAGUGAGUAUAUUGGUAGGAGAAUGUUGGACAUGGAGCUGCCAGGCAGGAGGCAAAGAGGAAGGCCAAAGAGGAGGUAUGUGGAUGGAAUAAAUGAGGAUAUGAAGCUAGUGUGUGCAAGUGUUGAGGAUGCAGAAGAUAGGGAUAGGUGGAGAGAGAUGAUUCACUGUGGAGACCCCUGAAGGGAAAAGCCCAAAGAAGAUAAUGUCACUGCUGGGUUAAAAAAAAAAAAAAACAUCUGGCAAAAAAACUUCAGUCCAUCCAGCCAGAGGACAGAUGUGCUGGUCCUGAGACUGGUCCAUGAAGUUGAUUAUUUUUCUUUAACAUUAGUGUUUCUUUUUCCUCUUCUACCAAAGCAAUUCGCCAGAAAUUUUUUUUAUUAUUAUAAUUUUUUUAAAAUUUAUUAAAGACCACCACACUGUUUUUUAACACUGUAUAAUAGCAUUUCAUCUAGUGGAACUAGAUGAAACAUAUGUUAUUGCGAACACUCUAGCAUCUAUAAAUCCCCAAUCAGCCUCUUUUUUUAAUCUCUCGUGUCAUGAGAUAUUAAUGUGCAAAGUGGCAGAAAUCUGUCUGAUUGUUAUGAAGCACCAUCACUGGAGUCUCCUUGCAUAAACGUCUUCUUACAGAUGUCUUCACCAUGUGAUACAAAUUUGCUUAAUCUGUUUAUUAUUAGCAUUAGAUCAUGCGCCAUAUCUACCAUAUAAGUAGAAGAGCAAAAGUAGUUUUUCUCACACCUUACAUUUUCUCUCCCAAAAAAAAACAAAAACAAAAUUAAUCACAAGCACGAGAACUCACUUGAUCACUGCGUACAACACCUUCUGACCAAUCAGAAUCGAGAACUCGCCUCCGUGUGGCGCGGAGAUCCGGGAGCCAAUUAAUGAUCGUCAGUGCGCAUGCGUGCUCAGGUGUGCAGCGCGAGAAUUCAAUUAGCCGUGUCCCCAAACGGCACAGCCUUCCCGGUGUGUCAGCGGAUUCUCUUCUCAAGCCGGUGUUGGAAAUGGAGCCUGCCUCAGAAACCACUAACGCAGGCGUGCACGUGCGGGAUGACCUGGCCGAGAAAUGUCAAAAACUGUUCCUAGAGUUUUUGGAGGAGUUCCAGGAUAAAACUGGUGACCCGCUGUAUUUAGCAGAAGCUCAGGAGCUGAUCCGACCAGAGAGAAACACUCUGACUGUGAGCUUCACCAACAUUGAACAAUAUAAUCAACAGCUGGCGACCACGAUUCAGGAGGAGUACUACAGGGUGUAUCCGUUUCUUUGUAGAGCGGUGCGCCACUUCGCUCGGGACCACGGAAACAUCCCACCAUCCAAAGAGUUCUACGUGGCCUUUUCUGAUUUUCCUUCACGACAAAAGAUCCGUGAGCUUUCGACGGCGCGUAUUGGGACCCUGCUGCGUAUCAGCGGACAGGUGGUGCGUACGCACCCUGUUCAUCCAGAGCUGGUGAGCGGUACUUUCCUCUGCCUCGAUUGCCAGUCCGUUAUCAAAGAUGUGGAGCAGCAGUUCAAAUAUACGCAGCCGACCAUCUGCAAGAACCCUGUGUGCGCCAACCGACGCAGGUUCAUGCUGGACACCAAUAAGUCACGCUUUGUCGACUUCCAAAAGGUACGUAUUCAGGAGACUCAGGCGGAGUUGCCCCGUGGCUCUAUCCCACGCAGUGUGGAGGUGAUUCUGAGGGCGGAGGCCGUUGAGGCUGCGCAGGCCGGAGACCGCUGUGACUUCACCGGGACUCUCAUUGUGGUGCCAGACGUGUCUGCCAUGGCUCUCUCAGGCACCAGGGCAGAGACCAGCAGCAGAGUGACUGGAAAGGAAGGUUUUGAAGCUGAUGGGAUCCAAGGCUUAAAGGCAUUGGGAGUCCGAGAGCUGUCGUACAGGCUGGCCUUUUUGGCCAACCACGUUGCUCCGACAAAUCCUAGGUUUGGAGGGCAGGAGCUGCGUCAGGAGGAUCAGAGUGCGGAAAGCGUGAAGAAUCAGAUGACCGUACAGGAGUGGGAGAAAGUGUUUGAGAUGAGCCAGGACAAGAACCUCUACCACAACCUGUGCACCAGCCUCUUCCCUACCAUCCAUGGGAAUGAUGAAAUCAAGCGAGGGAUAUUACUCAUGCUUUUCGGCGGCGUUGCCAAGACCACCAUGGAGGGAACAUCUCUAAGAGGAGACAUCAACGUUUGCAUUAUCGGUGAUCCGAGUACUUCCAAAAGCCAAUUUCUCAAGCAUGUUGAAGACUUUGUUCCCAGGGCUGUGUACACGAGCGGUAAAGCCAGCAGCGCUGCUGGUCUCACUGCUGCUGUGGUAAAAGACGAGGAGUCUCAUGAGUUUGUCAUCGAAGCUGGAGCUCUCAUGUUGGCUGAUAAUGGAGUGUGCUGUAUUGAUGAGUUUGAUAAGAUGGACCUGAAGGAUCAAGUGGCCAUCCAUGAAGCCAUGGAGCAGCAGACCAUCUCCAUCACCAAGGCUGGAGUCAAGGCUACUUUGAAUGCCCGUACUUCUAUCUUGGCGGCAGCCAAUCCAAUUGACGGCAGGUACAAUCGCUCCAAGUCUCUGAAACAGAAUGUCAACAUGUCUGCCCCUAUCAUGUCCAGAUUUGACCUCUUCUUCAUUCUGGUGGACGAAUGCAAUGAGGUGACGGAUUAUGCCAUAGCCAGGCGAAUUGUAGACCUCCAUGCCAGGAAUGUGGAGUCGGUAGAACGUGUCUAUGCUGCAGAAGACAUCCAGAGAUACAUACUGUUUGCUCGACAGUUUCAGCCAAAGAUCACCGCAGAGGCCCAGGAGUUUGUGGUGGAGCAGUACAAGCGGCUGCGUCAGAGAGACGGCGGAGGCACGACUAAAUCGGCUUGGAGGAUCACGGUGCGGCAGCUGGAGAGCAUGCUGCGUCUGUCUGAGGCCAUGGCUCGUCUCUACUGCUCUGAUGAGGUUCACCCUAAACAUGUAAAAGAAGCCUUUCGACUUCUGAACAAGUCCAUCAUUCGUGUCGACUCCCCUGACAUCAACUUUGACCAGGAAGAAGAUGAAGAUAUGAACGAUCAGAACGGGGUGUUGGCUGGGGAGAUGGAUGGCCAGAAUGGUGCUGCUGGUGAUGCAGUGGAGGCCAUGGACACUGGGGAGGCAGAUCAGCCAGAGAAGAUGGCUACAGCCAAACCGGCUGUCCGCAUGUCCUUCGCAGAGUACCGCCGAAUCUCCAACCUGCUGGUGCUGCACAUGCAGAAAAUGGAGCAAUUGGAUGAAGAGUCCUCUCUAAAGAAGAGCGAGCUUGUCAACUGGUACUUGAAGGAAAUUGAGAGUGAGAUCGAGUCUGAGGCUGAACUCAUUGCCAGCAAGAAUCUUAUUGAGAAAGUAUUGCAUCGGUUGGUCCAUUAUGACCAUAUCAUCAUAGAGUUGACUAAAACUGGCCUAAAGAAGGUCACAGAUGAAGGAGAAGAGCCGGUUAUGGAGGAAGACCCUUUCCUAGUGGUUAAUCCUAAUUAUGUUUUGGAAGACUAGAGGAGAGUGGUUUCAAUUUAAUCUUAUAUCCAUCUCUUCUUGGCUAUGUAUUAUUUAUUGUUUGUGAUGAAUGAAUAAAUAAAUAAAAAGAAAGAACAUUUUCUCUUUUUGUUGUCCGUGUACUACUACUUUUUACACUAGGUGGGGCAAUUUCCAUGUGUAGCAAAUACAGAGUUGCA